AUGGGCACACAAGACGAAGAACGGAGUCGUAUUACAGUCGCGACGACGCAUAUCGCUACGCUAUACGCUCGAGCGAUUCAUGUAUGGGCAUAUAUCAUACUUGGAGUGUUGUCCAUCCUGCUUCUCAUCUUCACGAUAGCGAGACUUGUAUACACUUUGUCCCCACGUUCGGAUCGUUUCUUGAAUAACGGUCGUCCUUUUUAUGAAACAACCGUUGUCGAACUUGUAGUCUGCGGAUUAUUCACGCUUCCUUUCUCUGGACUCAUGGUCUUCGGGCUGAGAACGCGCUUAAAGGCACCCUUUACGACCGCGUUGUUCGAAGUGAUUAUCCUUGGUCUCCUCUGGUUUCUCUGGAUUGGGGGUGCUGGAUCAGCCACUAGCAUAUGGCCAGAUCUAAAUUUCUGUGUCCAGUACUCUCCAUGCCGCGUUCUACAAGCGAUGAUAGCAUGGGCAUGGCUAGGCUGGAUCGUCAUCACCUUCAUCCUCCUCACCUCGACCUUUUUCGCUCUCCGCGCCGGAAACUGGGGGGUAUCCAUAUUUGAAGCAUGGGAAGUGGAAAGAAGGGUGGACGCCAAGUUUACGCUCGACGUCGAGAGACCUGCAAGGUCUCAGUAUGCGGAUAGUGGGAGUGGUAGCAAGAGGACUGGGCGUUUCACGACGAAUACCUACGAGGCGGAGAGAUGGAGGCGUGCGGUGAAUUGGUUGGAAGCAGAUCGAAAGAGCCCGAGCGAGGAGACGCAUGAGCGGGUAGCGUCCACCUCUCGCGCGGUGUAG